UACCAAGUUUUGUAUAAAGAGAGAUUUUGGGUGUACAAUGCAAGACAUCUCUAACAAAUAACAAUCAAUAGAAGACAAUUCUCUUUCUUCCAAUUUUUCUUUCUCACCUUCUCAUUCCUCAUGGACAGAUCUCAAGAACUCUAUGCCAGUGGUGACCAAAACUUAGAAGCAAACCUAAUAGAUCAUGAGGUAACUGAAUCAUCAUCGUUACCUGAAACUAGGAACUUUAAAAGGUGGCUCCGUGUCUCCAUUUAUGUAAUCUUUGUCCUCUCCUGCCAGCCACUUGCUACAAUUCUUGGUAGAUUGUACUAUGAAAAUGGUGGGAAGAGCACAUACGUGGUAACACUUCUACAACUCAUUGGCUUCCCUGUUCUGGUUCUCUUCCGCUUCUUUUCACAAAUCAGACAACCAAAAUCAGCAGAUACAAAUUUCAAUCAGUCCCCUUCCUUCACCACCCUUGCAUCAGUUUACAUGUGCACUGGACUGCUAGUAUCUGCCUACGCUUCUCUGUCUGCAAUUGGUUUACUCUACUUACCAGUUUCUACUUUCUCCCUCAUCUUGGCCUCACAGCUGGCCUUCACUGCCUUUUUCUCCUACUUCCUUAACUCGCAAAAGUUCACUCCUUUCAUCGUCAAUUCUUUGUUUCUCCUCACCGUUUCCUCUGCCCUCCUCGUGGUCAACACUGAGCCGCAAGAAACAUCAAAUGUCUCUAGACUACAAUAUGUGGUCGGGUUCAUAUGCACCAUCGGUGCUUCCGCUGGGAUUGGAUUGCUACUAUCUCUGAUACAACUUCUCUUCAGGAAGGUUUUCAAGAAGCAUACAUCCUCAGCAGUCAUGGACUUAGCCAUUUACCAGUCUCUAGUUGCAAGUUGUGUGGUUCUCAUAGGACUUUUUGCGAGUGGAGAGUGGAAAACUUUGCCUAGUGAGAUGAGAAACUACAAACUGGGGCAAGUGUCGUAUGUUGUGACUUUGGCCUCCGCAGCUAUUUCCUGGCAAGUCUACACCGUUGGUCUUGUUGGAUUGAUUUUUGAGUCGUCUUCUGUCUUCUCCAAUUCCAUAACUGCUGUGGGAUUGCCUAUAGUCCCAGUCAUAGCUGUGAUAGUUUUCCAUGAUAAAAUGGAAGCAUCAAAGAUCUUCUCCAUCAUUUUAGCUAUCUGGGGCUUCCUUUCAUUUGUCUAUCAGCACUACCUCGACGAAAAGAUGUCCAAGACUUGCCACGCAAACCCUGUCGAGGAAGAUAUACAAACUUGAUGAAACACGGCUGCACUGAAGGUCAUAUAAACAAACAUACAAAGUUGUGCACACAAUUAUGCAUAUCUUCGAUGUGAAGCCCGUCUAUGUAAAUUUUCUCUAAUGGUCCAUGCAAAUGGAACACCUGUCUUUCAUUACGGGUUGAGCAGUUGUGCACAUAUAUCAGAUUUGUGUUAGUUUAUUUAGCCAAAUACUCAUUUCUAAGUAAAUAAGAAAUUAUGUACAUUUUCAGGUAUUUGAAACUUAUAUUCGAAAGAGAAUAGUUUAAUA